GGCCUGUUAUUAGCUCAACACACUGCCCUGUCUGCUACCAGUUCUCUGUGUUAAUGUGUACUGUGCAAUACAUUGGCAGAUGUAUGUCUCGGGGACUAAUACUUUCAGUUUCACUUUCAGUUUCACUUUCAGUUUCAUACUAGUCUUCUUCUCCUGCUUUGUGACAUUCGCAAGUGGAACUCAGAUUCGACUGAAGAACAAUGUGUCUUUCAACAAGAAAGAGAUACUUUCGAGGAUAGGCUAUGAGGACAAGGCAACUUUGAAACGGAAGAGGAAUGAGUUGGUGAUGAAAAGUUUGUGGUUUAAACCGAAUAAAGGCAGCAGACUUGGUAUUUGGAAGAAUGUGGCACAAAACAGGCCGGUGACAGUGAGUUCUCACACCAGAAGAGGACAACCGCAGCACGCAACCGACGGUAACCUGCACACCUAUACCAUGACACAUUACAGACGUGACUCAUGGAUUGCGGUGUCGUUGGAGAAGACAUACCACAUUGGAUUUAUAACCUUAUUCUACUCGAAACCCUUCACAAGACUCAUCCGAGGUUUUACUGUGUUUACACAUCACCCUAGCACCGGAUGGCACCAAUGUGGACUGUCCCGGAACAGCUACUUCGAUACAGACGGACGGUACAUCCUAGUGGACUGUCCGCCCAACACUUACGGGGAUUAUGUACUGAUUAUUAAGAAGGGGAGGGGGGCUCUUGGGUUCCGGGAGAUUCACGUCAAAGCUUGGGUGGACUCUACACCGCAAGAGAGAAGAAGAGGAGGCAAAGUUAGAGGAGAGUGAUAACAUCAGGACACUGACAAUAAUUAUCACUUAAGAUAACUGUAUCAAGCAAAUGGUAUUGGCCUCUCUCUCUGGGCUUAACAUCAGUUUUGUAAAGCUAUGCUUAUUGGAAUAUCUGGACAAAUGAUAUUUCAUACAUUCACGGCGGCGAAGAUAAAUCUUGUUUGAGGAACGAAAAUUAUCAUUUUCGAGCAUAAUAUGACUAAUAUCAAUGCUAAUCCUUUUUAAGCUUCAUAGCUACUAACUACAUACUAAAAUUUAAAUGAUUUGUACUUAUUGUGUUUGCUCUCAACAGUUAUUGUUUAAGAUCGUUUUUC